GCAUGGAGAAGUUUGCCAGUCCCGGCAAAGGCCACGGGCUGCGCCUCUCCAAGCACGUGAAGCCCGGCGAGUUGCUGUACCGCGCGGAGCCUCUGGCGUACAGCGUCACCAAGAAGCGCCUGGGAGGCGCGUGCGAGCGUUGCCUGCGCAGGAAAGAGCGACUGCUUAGAUGUUCUCAGUGCAAAGUUGCAAGAUACUGCAAUAUACAAUGCCAGAAAGAAGCAUGGCAAGAUCACAAACGAGAAUGCAAAUGUAUUAAGAAUAUUGAUCCCAACUUUCCUCCUGAUUCAGUGAGGCUUGUUGGCAGGAUUAUUUUCAAAUUACUAAGACAAUCAACAUGCCCAUCUGAGGAGCUUUACUCUUUUUCUGAUCUUCAGUCAAAUUUUGAAAAGUUAAGUGAGGAAAUGAAAGAAGGCCUUGGGUACCUCACAAGGGCAUUGCAGCUGUAUUUGAAGGUGGAGAUCCAAGAUGCUUCUCAGUUGCCACCUGGCCUAGAUGUUUUUCAGACCUUCGCAAAAGUGACCUGUAACUGCUUCAGCAUUAGUAAUGGAGAGGUACAGGAUGUUGGUGUUGGCCUUUAUCCCAGCAUGUCUUUGCUGAACAACAGUUGUGAUCCGAACUGUGUGAUAGUUUUUGAGGGUCCUCAGCUCCAUCUUCACUCAGUCCGGGAGAUUCAGAUAGGAGAAGAGCUCACCAUCAGCUACAUUGACACCAUGAUGCCCAGCACUGAACGCCAGCAACAACUGAAGCGUCAAUAUUGUUUUGAAUGUGACUGCCUUAUGUGCCGCACACAUAGCAAGGUUUUAUUAUUCUGGCUUCCAUCCCUUGAGGGCCGUCCAGCUGAUGCGAGUGACCAAAUUGCAGUACAGCCAAGACAUGUUUCCUCGUGCCCUGGAAACCCUGAAGCAGGCUUACGACAUUAUGAAAGUGACCCAUGGGGCAGAGCACAGCUUUGUGCACGACUUGAUGAUGCUCAAGGAAGACUGUGAGGCAGGCAUGAGAGC